AUGGUGCAAGCCGAAUCAUCUUCAAGCGCCGCCGGCAAUCGCCUCAAGUCUGUGGCCGCGGGGGCUCCUCAGGACUAUGAACUGCCCUGGGUCGAAAAGUACCGCCCCGUGUUCCUCGAUGAUAUUGUGGGCAACACCGAGACCGUGGAACGAUUAAAAAUCAUUGCCAAAGAUGGGAACAUGCCCCACGUCAUCAUCUCCGGCAUGCCGGGUAUUGGAAAGACUACGUCGGUUCUGUGUCUGGCGAGACAAUUGCUCGGAGACGCCUACAAGGAGGCGGUCCUCGAGUUGAACGCAAGUGAUGAGAGAGGCAUUGACGUGGUGAGGAAUCGGAUCAAGGGCUUUGCCCAGAAGAAAGUCACUCUACCCCAGGGCCGACACAAAAUUGUCAUUCUCGAUGAAGCCGAUAGCAUGACCGCUGGUGCCCAGCAGGCCCUGCGACGUACGAUGGAAAUCUACUCGUCUACCACCCGAUUCGCCUUUGCCUGCAACCAAUCCAACAAGAUCAUCGAGCCCCUUCAAUCGCGCUGUGCAAUCCUACGUUAUGCCCGGUUGACCGACGCCCAGGUGGUGAAGCGAUUGAUGCAAAUCUGCGAGGAGGAAAAGGUCGAGCACUCUGAAGAUGGAAUUGCCGCCCUGGUUUUCAGUGCCGAGGGUGAUAUGCGGCAGGCUAUCAACAACCUGCAGAGUACAUGGUCCGGCUUCGGUUUCAUCAGCGGCGACAAUGUGUUUCGAGUUGUCGAUAGCCCUCAUCCAGUCAAGGUGCAGGCCAUGAUCAAAGCCUGUUGGGAGGGCAAGGUGGACGUGGCCCUGGAAACAUUGAAUGAAUUAUGGACGCUGGGGUAUUCCUCUCACGAUAUCAUCAGCACCAUGUUCCGAGUCACCAAGACUAUUCCCACGCUUUCAGAACACUCCAAGCUGGAAUUUAUCCGGGAGAUUGGCUUCACCCAUAUGCGUAUCUUGGACGGCGUGCAGUCGCUGCUCCAGCUCAGCGGCUGUGUAGCAAAGCUUUGCAAGAUCAACAUGAAGCCCGAGCUUUUCGAGCCACCCAAAGCUUGA